AUGGAGUGGGCUAAGUGCUCCAAUCAGAAUUCGGCCAUGCUGCUUCUUGACUUUGAAAAGGCUUAUGAUAGGAUUGAAUGGAAGUUUAUUCUUAUGAUGUUGGAGGCUUUUGGUUUUCCUUCAUUUUUUUGUAGUGCUGUUCAGACCUUGCUCAAGGAUGCCUCAGCUCAAGUUGAAAUAAAUGGUAUUCUUUCGCCCUCAUUUCCGCUCAGUAGGUCUAUAAGGCAGGGUUGUCCGCUUGCCCCUGCUCUCUUUGUUAUUUCUUCUGAGGCUCUGUUUUACAUUCUCCGGGAUGCCUCUCUUUCUCCUGUGGUCAAAGGUAUUAGUCUCCCCAACAAUGAUAUGCUUAUUAACUGUCAGUUCGCCGAUGAUACUGCUCUGUUUUUCGAGCUCUCCGAAGAGAAUUUUAGUGUCCUUAAAGGGAAACUUGAUCUUUUUUGUUCUGCCUCUGGUGCUCGCAUAUCCCCUGCCAAGUCGAUCUGUUUGGGUUGGGAAGAUCAACCUCCUGAGUGGUUUUCUUGUUCUGGUCUUCAGUGGGGUGGUCCUAAGAAAAUUGUUAAAUAUCUCGGUAUUCCUUUUUCUGUAGAUCCUGGUCUUAGAAGCAUGUGGCUGUGGGUUAGAGAUAAAAUUCUUAACAAGCUUAAUAAAUGGCAUAAUAGAACUUUGUCUCUGGCCGGUCGUAUUCAAGUGUGUCAGAAAAUUUUUUCCUCUUAUAGUAUCUACUAUUCUUCAGCUUGGUUAUUCAGUAACUACCAGAUCCAAGACAUUCAGAGCGCCAUCAGAUCUUUCCUCUGGUCCGAUGGUAAAGGUAAUAAGAAGUGUCAUGCUGUCAGGUGGGCUUGGUGUCAUGUGGACAAGUCCUUUGGUGGUUUAGGGCUUAAGGACCUGAAACUCCAAGGGAUUGCCCUCUCCGCCAAGUGGAUAUUUCUCUCUUUGAAUGGUGACUGCCCGUGGAAAGUGCUUGUUAGGCACAACAUAGAGAGAGGUUAUCCCAAGAAAGCUAAGUCUUGGAAGAAUCUCCCUUUUGGUGAUCUUCUGUUGGGGGAAUUCCCGGUUGCGGUUCAAGGUUCUAUGGUUUUUAAGGCCAUUUGGAAGGCCUGGGAACAGGUCAGGGACCACAUUAUGAAUAAGAGCUGGUACCACCAAGGCUCUCUCCACGGUGAGAGAUCCAUUUGGUGGAAUCUUGUCAUUAAUGGGAAACCCCUUGCCUUAAUGCAGGGCUGCUCUGCUAGAUCUUGGGCUAAAAAAGGUAUCAAGCAGUUUGCAGACCUGUUCGAGGGUGAUCUUCUCCCGUCUUGGGACGCUAUCAAAUCUAAAUUUGAUAUUCCUGACUCUCAGAGAAGAACGUACAAUAUGGUGAGACAAGCCUCCAGACACCUCCCCUCUGUUUGCAACGUGGACUCCCUUAGACAUCUUCAUUGCUUGUGGCCCGGAGGUGUGGCUAUGGACUGCCUUAAAGCCAAACACAUUCAUUCUGUUAUUAAUCAGAAUAAAGACAUUUUCAGUCAUGUGAACUCUACGUGGCAUCUAUCCCUUGAUGACAAGAUGUGGAGUAAAGUUUUUCAGCGGCUCUGGAAAAGUCCUGUUGAGCCGAAAAUCAAUUGUUUUAGAUGGCUUGUUUUACUUGACAGACUUCCUAUCAAGAGGUUUAGUACUGAUUCUGAUUCUCAUUUUGAUCUGUGCAAUCUGUGUAAGGUUCCAGAAACUGGUAAACAUAUCCUUUUUUAUUGUCUCUUUGCUAAGGAAAUUUGGAAUAGAUUUGGCAUUAUUUAUCCGUUCAAUAUGAGCAUUCUUAAUAUCAUUUCUGGUUAUGUGCCUGGCUUGCAUAAGGAUUCGAAUUUAUUUUGGAAUAUGUUGUCUUCUAACAUUCUUUGGCAGAUCUGGAAAUGCAGGAACGAAGAAAAGUUUCAAGGUAAGCCGAGAGUUCUUACUGAGUUUUUCAGGAAACUCACACAUUUCAAAAAUUUUCUGCAGGUUCAUGUUACGAUGAUGGUGGAAAGGAAGAAGUUAAAGAGGUUCAUUCAAUGCGGUGCAUCCUUUUAUUUUCAUGAGUUGAAGAAUGGCCCCCUUUGGCGGAGAACCCUGGAUGACCUACAUGCGUUCGAGGUUGCCUGCGAGAAAAUUAAAGAUGAAAUCAGGAAGAAUGGGAACCCCAGAUUAGAUGAGCUUUCCUUGCUGGCUCAGGUGCAAGCUCACAAAGACUUGGUCUGGAUGGAUGGUCCUCUUGGCUGGGUGGCUUGGGUUGAUCGCUCAUUGGACAUUCUAUCUUAG